AUGGGUUCCCGCAUGAGGAUCGUCGUGCUAAUGAUCUUAUGGCUGAUAUAUCGGGCAGAAGGCAAAGUUACGUGUCGCGGCGAGAUACAAUUGCGUCGCGAUUGCGAGCACUGUGCAGAAUGCGACACACUGUGCAGCGCGAGUCGCGAUGAUGCUGUUUCUUGCGAACUGAGGGUCGCUGUUCUUCUGCCGGAGGAUCCGAGAUACGAUAUUUCUCUGCCUAAGGUUCUCCCCGUCCUUGAUUUAGCGGUAUACGAAGCGAGAUCGCGAAAUCUGUUACCGCACUGGCUUGAUCUGAAAUUCUUGCCACAAGAUGAUCAUUGCGACGCAAUGUACGCGCAAAUCGGCGCGAUCGACAGCUACUCGCAUUGUGUGCACUUAUUUCUCGGACCAGCAUGCGAUUACUGCGUCGCGGUCGUCGGCAGAGUGGUGAAAUUUCUUGGAGCGCCAUUAAUCACCACAGGAGGCUUUACUUUUGACUUUACGGAAAAAAAAGUUGACUGUAAAGACGAAUAUUUCAUGACCACAAGAAUCGGAAGUUUGGCUUUCAGGGAUAUCGCUAAAUUUUUUGUGGCCAUAAUGGAACACUACGAGUGGCAUAAAGUACAUCUUAUUUAUGCAACGAAUGGGCAAAAUCAAGUCGCUGGUAGACAUACGUGUCAGCUUAUGAUGAAGUCAAUGGUUGAGUUCAUCAAGAAAGAGCAUAAUAUUACUUAUGGCACUUUUGACGUCGAAGCUACAACCCCCAGUGAUUAUCCAGAGGCCUUGAAAGAUCACGUUAGCCAUUCUUACGGCGGUGAGUGA